AACCCAAUGGACAUUCAUAAUUUUGCAGCAUUAAACCAAAAAAUUUGAAAUCAAAAAACUAAUCCAUAUCCGUAAUUAACGAACCGUUACAAAUUGCGCCUCCAAAAAAGUCGCAACGGUCAGAUUUUGCCCCCAUAUUUUCCCUCCUCUCCUCUCUUCUUCCCUUCCAAUAAUUUUUGCAUCAGUACUCACUUCGUAAGAAACCCUAAUUUUUGAGUUGCGAUUGAGUUUUUGAUCCAUCCCUUGGCGAACUUAUUACUCUGUCAUCAUCUUCGAUGGAGUCGAAGAAUGCUAAACCUGAGACUCUAGUGAUGGAUGAUCAGAUCAUAUCUCAAUCGAAGCCUCAAGUGGUUUCGGUUUCAUCGGAGAAUUCGAAUCCUAACGUCCCACACGAGACUCCGGUGAGGAUCUCCGGCUCUCCGUUCGCGAAGUCGAGUGAAUCCGCGGAGAAGGUAACGAGAUCGAAGCUUAAUCCUAGCCUGGCGGCGUUUUCACCAAGGAAUCGUAUCAGAGAGAGGAGAUUCGUGGUGGUGAAGAAGAAGAAGAAGAAGAAGGAGGAUUCAGCGUCUGUGGAGUGUAAGUGUGGAGCUAAGAACAUGAAGAAAUGCGUUUGUGUUGCAUACGAAACUCUCCGUGCUUCGCAUGAAGAUUUCUUCAAAAAGCGAGAGGUAGAAAUUGGAGAAUCCAGCCUGAAUGUGGAGGAGGAGGAAGAUGAAACUGGUGAUUGUUCGAUGAAGAGGAGACGAGAAAAGGUGCUCGAAGAAGCCAGAAGGAGCCUCCCUGAAUAUGGUAAAGUGAUGCAUCUCGUUAAGGCAUUCGAGAAGCUUACUUGCUUCCCCUUUGCAAAGGCAACAGAGGAUAAGAAGAUUAAGAAAGCUCUGAAAUGGGGGUUGCCUGGGAUGAUGAGCCUGCAGCAGCAGCAGCCCAAGUGUCCAGAGGAAACUGAGACAGACCAAGUUACAUGGACUUCUUCAUUUUCACCAUCUGAUUUGGUUUUAACAGCUACCAAUCUGGGAAUAGAACAACCUCUUGCCUCAGUUUCUUCAUCAUGGGGCAGCAACAGUGUUUCAAGCCUAAGUUCAAAUGGUGGUAGGAGGAGCAGGAGAAAUAGCUUGGACUCCUCUGCUUCAAUGGGUAGUAGAAUAUCUAAGAAGAAGCAGGUCAAAGUCACUUCUUUGAAGCCAUUCAAACUUAGAACUGAGGAACGUGGACGAAUGAAAGAAGAAGAGUUAGCGAAGAAACUACAAGAGAUGACGAUGGAAGAAGAAAAAAUGAGAAUCCCAAAAGCUCAAGGUCUUCCCUGGACAACUGAUGAGCCUGAGACUCUGGUUAAGCCUUAUGUGAAAGAUAUCACAAUACCAGUAGAGUUAAAGCUCCACUCAGACAUUCGAGCAAAGGAACGUGCAGAAUUUGAUUACCAG